AUGGCCUAUGACCGCUAUGUUGCCAUCUGCAAGCCUUUGCACUAUGGGACUUUAAUGGACAGGAGAGCCUGCACCCAAAUGGCAGCCAGUGCUUGGGUCAGUGCUAUUGGGUACUCUGCACUGCACUCUGGUAACACCUUUACUUUACCCUUCUGUGACUCAAACGUUAUAAACCAGUUCUUCUGUGAUAUCCCCCAGGUGGUCAAGCUCUCCUGUUCUGAUGCAAACAUCAGUGAAAUUGGAAUCGUGGCAUUUGGUGUGUGUCUCGGCUUAGUCUGUUUUGCAUUCAUCCUAGUGUCAUAUGUUCAGAUCUUUAUCACUGUGCGCAGAAUCCCCUCUGAGCAGGGGAAGCAUAAAGCCUUCUCCACCUGCAUUCCUCACAUCAUGGUGGUCACCUUGUUUCUUUCAAAUGGCAUUGUUGCCUACCUGAAACCCACCUCCAACUCUCCAUCAGCUUUUGACAUCCUGGUAGGUGUUCUCUAUUCCACAGUACCUCAAGUGAUGAAUCCAGUCAUCUACAGCAUUAGGAACAAGGAGAUGAAAGUUGCCUUGUGGGAAGUGAUCCAAUGGAUAUUAUUCAGAAGGAAUUACUCGUGUAGUUUCCCUUAA